AGUACAAGAGAAACUGUCGGACGAAUUGGAGUGAGAUAAAUUCACGAAUAACCGCAGUUCUGAUCUAAGAUAUUUUCAGAAAAUAUGGUGUAAAAAUUUAACAAAAUAGAUUUAAAAUCAACUCUGUAAAACAAAGAAGUAGCGUGAUACGAAAGAACAUUUAUCCCGGAGUAAGUUAAAAGAAAUCCUGGCAGCUUGUAACCAACCCUUUACCCUUCCUUACUCAGGAGGGUUCUCUAUAGGUGCUAUGUCAUUUCUCUACGGAAUACAACCUGAGAUGAAUCAUCUACACGGAGUCUGUGAUCCACAUAUGAACGGUCUCUCCCUACAGGAGAUGAUCGAUACAGAUAUAAAAGCAGAGUUUGAUGACGUGAUGACCUCGAACCAGAUGGGGUUUUCCAGUAUGGACUCCCUGGAGCUUCUCAACAACCUGGACAGCAUAGAUACUCCUUUUAAAUUUGAUGCCCGGUAUCAUGAGGUAGACGAGGUUUUAAACCAUCCUCCCCAGUGGAACUCCAUCCAACACAAUCAGGAUAUUGCCGCGUUAAACUCGUCAUAUUUCGACGACAGCCUGAGUGGUAAUGUGAUGGUAAACCCUAACAGUGUAAUGCCGCUCCAUCAACACUACCAGAACACUCCUUCACACACUCCUUCUCCUGUUCCUCCUACAGGACACCACCUUACAGUCAAUACAGGAUAUAAUCAUCAUAAUUUACAAUCUCCCAUUCCCUCUCCAAUGUCCCCUCAGACCUAUCCUAAUCAUCAGAUCCAUUAUCAAUAUCAUCCUGGACAGCAAGGGGUUCAGAAACCCCUGAAAGUUCUUCCUCCAGCUAGUUCUCCUAUGCAGCAAGUCCCCAGCCCUCAUGGCCGCCUUACUCCCACCAGUAUGCUCAGAAAAAAGCAAACUUUAAACGGGAAGGAUUCUGGAUUCCCUAAACCAGCAUAUUCUUACAGUUGUCUGAUAGCACUGGCGUUGAAGAACAGUCCAACUGGAAGUAUGUCCGUCUCAGAAAUCUAUAAAUUCAUGUGUGAACACUUUCCUUACUUCAAAACUGCUCCUAACGGCUGGAAGAACUCGGUUCGUCACAAUCUCUCUUUAAACAAAUGUUUUGAAAAGAUUGAAAAACCCGCGACCAAUGGCGCCAAUCAAAGAAAGGGUUGUCUUUGGGCCAUGAACCCCGAGAAGAUAAAUAAAAUGGACGACGAGGUGAAGAAAUGGUCUAAAAAGGACCCGAUGGCGAUCAAGAAAGCGAUGUACUACCCGAACACCUUGGAGAUGCUGGAGAGGGGAGAGAUGGUGAAGGAUUACAACAGUAACUCCGCGAACCUGGAUAGCGAGGAUGAUGAGGAUCCCAGGACACCAGCCAGUGUUUCAUCUCAGGGAAGCCAAGGAUACUCUUCAGCUGAGAAUGAUUUCAUGGAUAUGGAAAAUUUUCCCUCAGUUCCUGAUACUUCUCUUCCUGAAUUAAACCUACAGGCUGUCGGAGGUAUUUAUGAAGAUAUGUCGGAACUAUCCUCUCCUGGAAUGCCUAAGAUGUCUGUUCAAACAGUCGGGAAAUCUGUCUUUAUUCCCCAACGGUAUACAGCCAACUAUUCAAUAAACAGUGUCAACAUAUUAUCUAUUCCGAACUCAGGAAACUAAACCCUGAGACAUUACACGAACAUUCUUUUGUGAUCAAACUAAUUCCCCCAGCUCACCUUGUAGCAAACCUGAUCAACGGUUCGCGUAUCUGGUCAAACACACAUUGAUUUGCGUAGAUUUCUUUUUCAAUAUUUACGCUUCAUUGCGCACCUGUAUUUUUUAAAUUGAGAACUUCUUGUUCUUGAAUGAAAGAACUAUUGCUCAGUGUAUACUUUAUACUGUAGUAGACUUCUCCCCGACCUGAAAUCCUUUGCUCAGACCAACCUUUCAUUUGCGUUCUACGCAAUUCUCCCUGUCCUUUGCGUUUUACGCAAUUCAUCCUUCAUUUGCGAUCUACAAAGUUCGCAGUUCGCAGCUCUUUUUACUUUUAUUAAAAGAAAAUUCUUUUCAACCUUGAUAAGAAUAAAAACAAGAAUUCUUGGCUAAUUAAAAUAUAUUUUUAUAUCAAAAUAUAAAUAUUUUUAUAUAUAUAUAUAAUCAGUAUUUGGUUUUAUUUUGAUCCCUAGUCGUGCUUUUGGUUAUUAUUCAUUCAUUCAUUCAUUCAUUCAGAUCAAUUAUGGCGGUGUCGGAAAAUAUUAAAUAGAAAUUUUUCAAAAUAAUUUUAAUUUUUAUAAUUACAUUUACUGCCUUGUUCCACUGCCUGACUUGUGAUAAUGUAAAUAUAUAUUUUUGUACAAUUUUUAGUUCCAUAUUCUACCGCAAUAAUUCUCUAGCGGUUAAAUCUUGUAUAUAUUUACAUUUAAUUUUUGUAUCUCUAAGAUAUCCAGUGAUCUAGUUUUGUAUCAAUUUACUAUAAAAUACACUUGUAGAUUAAA